GCAAGGCGGCCGAAUAUUACAUUUUAAAGCGCUAUAAGAUGGCCCGCCCGAUUUCAUUCGUCACCGGAAAUGCCAAAAAACUGGAGGAAGUGCGCGCCAUUCUUGGACCAAAGUUUCCGCGUGAGCUGCUGCCCGUCAAGCUGGAUUUGCCGGAGUUGCAAGGGGAAGUAGACGACAUCUGCAAGAAAAAGUGCUUGGAAGCUGCUCGCCGCGUGAAGGGACCGGUACUGGUGGAAGACACGUGCUUGUGUUUCAAUGCCCUGAAAGGAUUGCCCGGCCCGUACAUCAAAUGGUUCCUCGAAAAGCUGGAGCCCGAAGGAUUGCACAAGCUCCUGGACGGGUGGGAGGAUAAGUCGGCUCAAGCAGUGUGCACUUUUGCCUACGCUCCGGGUGAAGAUGGCGAGGUAAUGCUGUUCCAAGGCCGCACUGAUGGUGACAUUGUAUAUCCACGUGGGUGUCGUGAUUUCGGCUGGGAUCCCAUCUUUCAACCCAAAGGCUAUGACAAGACUUAUGCUGAGCUGCCCAAGGAAAAGAAGAACGAAAUCUCACACAGGUUCAGAGCGCUGGAUAAGUUGAGGGAUCAUUUCUUGACUGAGGGAUAGUAUAACAAAUAAAAAUGCUUAUUUGAUGAAGCGGCAAAGUUUGAAAUAACUAGUUAUUUUUAUAGCAAACCUAAUAGAAGCCUAUUAAGGC